GGUAAUAUGACAUUUUUUUCUUGGUGUCAAUAAACUAUAUCUUUGUUGUAUGUUACCGUAGUCCAUUGCCCUUAUCCCUGGGGCAAAGCAACUUUCCUGACAUGACCUUGAAAAGGGCAGUGUGUAUUUUGGCAGGCGGUGUGGGAGGAAAAGCCAGUGUUUCUGUUUUGAGAAAAACGCUUCUCCAUGUGCCACGUUGUCACACACACAGACAGCAAACUGCGCAACAAGUCAUACACUGUGUGAAAAGAACCAGCGAGGUGUAGUAGCUAGCAUCUGUGAACCUAACUAUGUCUGAACUUAAUGUCUCCCUUGGUUACUUUCUUGCUGUUGUGGCGUUUGGUGCAGCCUUCAGAGUACUUUUCAGGAAAUGGCCUUGUUUGAGCUUUGCAGCAGAGUUCCCAGCCUCAUUUGUGCUGGUGGCAUUCUGGCUGGAGGUGCAGACCAUUAUAGAGGUGGGCGAGUGGGCAGGGGGACUAGGAUCAGACGUGACUCUAACCAUACAGUUUGUGGUGCUGCUGACCCAUGGUGUGAUAUGUGCUGGAGCCACUGGAAACCCCUCCCUGACUCUGAUGAAUUUCCUGCUGCUGGAGACCUCUGCUUUUCCCACUCUGCUGGCUCUGGCUGCUCAGUUCCUGGGGGCACACCUGGCCCUGCUUGUAGCUGGUUACUACUGGGCAAUGGAGCUCAAUGACAUGCAUAUAAUUAAGAACCUGCUGUUAAGGGAGUGCAGCACAGCCCUGCGUGUCUCCCUGGUGCAAGGGGUCUUUUCUGAGUGUGUGUCUGCAUUAAUCUUUUAUCUGAUAUACCUCAGCCUGAGAUGUCGCUCUGCGCUGAUUCGGGUGCCUCUCUUUGCAGCUGUGCUAACCCUUCUCUCCCAUGCAGCCAGUGGUUAUACUUCAGCUUUCCUGAACCCCUCCCUGGCCUAUGGCCUUACCUUCUACUGUCCUGGGUUUACCUUUACGGCAUACUCAGUGGUCUACUGGCUUGGGCCCAUUAUUGGAAUGACCCUGGCCCUUCUCCUGUACAUGGGCCACAUUCCCAGGAUUUUUGCAAAGAAUCUGCUGUAUUCCCAGAAGACCCACUUACAGGUGCCAAAGGGGGAGGGCGAUAAAAAGAAAAUGUGAAAGAAAGACAUCAUCCACCUCAGCUAAAGCAAUAUAGAACAUAUGCGUGUAUUAGGAAUACACUUCUCAAUUUUGUUCCUAUUGGGCGAAGAUAUUUCAUUAUGCACUGAGCAUUAUAUUCAACAGCCAAUUCUCUCCUUAAGUUACUGACAAAAAAGGUGUGGUCUAUAGAAUAAGACCUGUACAUUUAUGAUAGUACAAGUUACAACUCAUGUACCGCCUGCGUUCUUACAGAAGUAAUAAAUCAAUUUAAAAUGUUUAUUAAAAAAAUUUGAACAUUG